GACUCGGGGGAGCAGCGGGUGGAUCCUGUGACGUCAGCGGGUUCGAACCGCCGGAGCUGAGCGAGGGGCCGGGGGUGCCGAGCCGGGCGGGGAGAGCUGGGCCGGGAGAGCAGAACAGGGAGGCUAGAGCGCAGCGGGAACCGGCCCGGAGCCGGAGCCGGAGCCCCACAGGCACCUACUAAACCGCCCAGCCGAUCGGCCCCCACAGAGUGGCCCGCGGGCCUCCGGCCGGGCCCAGUCCCCUCCCGGGCCCUCCAUGGCCCGGGCCGCUGCCCUCCUGCCGUCGAGAUCGCCGCCGACGCCGCUGCUGUGGCCGCUGCUGCUGCUGCUGCUGCUGCUGCUGCUCCUGGAAACCGGAGCCCAGGAUGUGCGAGUUCAAGUGCUACCCGAGGUGCGAGGCCAGCUCGGGGGCACCGUGGAGCUGCCGUGCCACCUGCUGCCACCUGUUCCUGGACUGUACAUCUCCCUGGUGACCUGGCAGCGCCCAGAUGCACCUGUGAACCACCAGAAUGUGGCCGCCUUCCACCCUAAGAUGGGUCCCAGCUUCCCCAGCCCGAAGCCUGGCAGCGAGCGGCUGUCCUUCGUCUCUGCCAAGCAGAGCACUGGGCAAGACACAGAGGCAGAGCUCCAGGAUGCCACGCUGGCCCUCCACAGGCUCACGGUGGAGGACGAGGGCAACUACACUUGCGAGUUUGCCACCUUCCCCAAGGGGUCCGUCCGAGGGAUGACCUGGCUCAGAGUCAUAGCCAAGCCUGAGAACCAAGCUGAGGCCCAGAAGGUCACAUUCAGCCAGGACCCUACGACAGUGGCCCUCUGCAUCUCCAAAGAGGGCCGCCCACCUGCCCGGAUCUCCUGGCUCUCAUCCCUGGACUGGGAAGCCAAAGAGACUCAGGUGUCAGGGACCCUGGCCGGAACUGUCACCGUCACCAGCCGCUUCACCUUGGUGCCCUCGGGCCGAGCAGAUGGUGUCACGGUCACCUGCAAAGUGGAGCAUGAGAGCUUCGAGGAACCAGCCCUGAUACCUGUGACCCUCUCUGUACGCUACCCUCCUGAAGUGUCCAUCUCCGGCUAUGAUGACAACUGGUACCUCGGCCGUACUGAUGCCACCCUGAGCUGUGACGUCCGCAGCAACCCAGAGCCCACGGGCUAUGACUGGAGCACGACCUCAGGCACCUUCCCGACCUCCGCAGUGGCCCAGGGCUCCCAGCUGGUCAUCCACGCAGUGGACAGUCUGUUCAAUACCACCUUCGUCUGCACAGUCACCAAUGCCGUGGGCAUGGGCCGCGCUGAGCAGGUCAUCUUUGUCCGAGGGACACCCGAGGGAAAACAGACCCCUCUUCAGGAAUCCAGAUACAGCCAGGGAGAUAGGACACCCCUACCGGAAACACUGUCACAGACAGCAAACCCAGAGAGACAGCUGUCCCGCUCUGGGCUCACCUGGCGCGCGAGGAUGCACACAAGUCCCCGGAGGAAGAUGUCACACAGACACGCUGGGGGCAAAACUAAUCCAGGACAGCAACGGCUGCACACGGAGGGAUGUCAUCCCUCACUCACAGACCCUCAGACGGAAAAUCAAAGACAUCCUGGGAGGAGCUUCUUCCCGGGAACUCUCCCGAAACUCCCCGAAACUCCUCCAAAAUUCUCCAGAAAGUCCGUUAGGGAGAUUCUCAUUCAACAAAUAUGUGUUUCCUGUUUGCUAGGCACUCUUGCUGAGGUUGGGAAUACAAUGGUGAAUGAGCCACAGUCCCUGCCCUCAGUAGCACACCCAGGGGAGGGUCAGCUCCACCCGCCCAGACAGACACCGAACUGGAAAUACACCCCUAACCUCUACCCCAGAUACACCUGACAAGCUGAUCCCCUGCCCACACACCCAGCAGGUGGCUCCAAGGUCAGAGCCUGCAGAACACAGACGCAAUAGAGAAAGACUCAUCGCUGUGGAAAGACAUCCCCACCUCCCCACGACAGUGGCCACAGGGCCACCCCCAGCCAAUAACACCAUUACAAAGACAUGUGCCUUCAGAUAAUGCCUGCAGAAACGUGCAUGCUCCAAGCACUCUAGAAAUCCUGUCUCAAGCAGUGAGUGCCCCGACAGCCACAGCCAGAGGAGACACACUCAAAGCUCCUGGGGUCACUCUCAGAGGGUCUCUGAGCCACGAACCCACAUCCAGGCACACACAGAGUCGUCACAGAGACACAGUAUGGAGUCCACAGCAGCACGAACAUAGGAUACGAAUGCCCCACCACAGGACAGAUCUAUCUUUAGGGAGACUCAGAGAACUUUUUAUUUUUAAUAGAGACAGGGUCUCGCUAUGUUGGCCAGGCUGGUCUUGAACUCCUGGCCUCAAAGCAUUCCUCCAGCUUUGGCCUCCCAAAGUGCUGGGAUUACAGGCAUGAGCCACCACACUAAGCCCGAUUCAGAGCUUUGAACCCUAGACAUAUGAACAGACUCAGCUUCGAGUUCCAAAACACCAAUGCCACCUCCAGAAACAGAGACAAGCCUCCCAAGAUAGGCUCAACCUGGUCCAGUUAGUGACAAGCACAGGAGAAAAAUCUGUUUCACUCCUCAACCCAGUGUAUAGUUAGAGACAUAUAUACCACCCUACCCCCCACCAAAAAAGAUUUUAUCCUCCUUUUUUUAAUGCUAUUUGUGAGUCACUAAGCUGAUUUGACAGCCCGCUGGGUCAUGACCCCCUGUUUGAAAACAACAGAAACAGAUGUCCUUCCUGGGUCUCAGCCCCUCCUGUGUGUCAAGGUGUAGAGGUGGGGUCAGGUGUGGGUGAACCCCCUACCCCCGUCUGUCCCAGUUAUGCCUUGCAUGCAGGGAUGGGGGAAGUGGAUGUGGGUAGGUUCUGGUUACAUUGACUUCUGUCCCUGGCUUGGGGCCCAGGAGCCCCAGCCCUCCCUGCUCACUUCCCUCCUCAGCAUUUCAUGGCUUCCUCUCUCUCUCCGCCUCCCCACUACCUCCCAUCCCCCAUCCCCACCUGCUCAGCCCCUGCAGGGAGCACUAAGGAAGUCCCACUGUCCCGGUCUGUGAGAACCCCAUUUUACACACUGGGGAUAAGUGGCCUAGAGAUGAGGCAGCCACAGCACUUGGAAUAAAUGCUCCCAGCCACUCAAGAGGGCAGAAUUAUCAGGAAUCUGUGGCCCUCUGCAGAGAGCUUUGGGAUCAGACAGCCUCCCACUGAAACCCAGCUGUCCUCCCCCGAGGGGGUGUGCCCCCAAGCUCAUAGCUUUGUGAGGACCCCACAGCACAUUCAGGGAGGGCUGCGAAGUCAGAUGGCACCAGGGUCCUGGCCAGUGACCGGGCGGCCAGAUCUAUUGCAUCCGAAUAGCCAGCUUCCACUCAGCUACAGCGAUUGCCAGACAUGGGAGUUUGGUGUUGCUAGAUCUGAUUUGUCCCCGCUAAGAGAAACCUGGAUUUUUAAGUGAAAUCGCCUGAUUUUUGAAAGGUUGGCUAGCAAUUUAAAUUUUGCAAAACACUAACACCUGGGGACCACUGGUUGGCAUCCCCCUCCUUGUACAAAGUGGUGCUCAGGCUGUAGUGAAGGGCGGAGGGGCUUCUCCUUCCCGCCUACUCCUCCUCCUCCUCCAUUCUUCUGCCUAGAGUCACCCCCUAAUUCUGGUCACUCCCGCUCCCUCCAUCCCCGCCUAUCCUGCAUCUCCCCCACCCCCUCACUCCCCA